AUCUUGGUGACGCACGGCGUGGGGCGUGACGUGUGACGUCACUUCCGUUCCCUUCCCUUCCUUUUCCGGUAGAGCCCCGCGGAGGCCGCAGCCAUGUCGCUGGUGAUCCCCGAGAAGUUCCAGCACAUUCUGCGCGUGCUCAACACCAACAUCGACGGGCGCCGCAAGAUCGCCUUCGCCAUCACCGCCAUCAAGGGCGUGGGGCGCCGUUACGCUCACGUCGUUCUGCGCAAAGCCGACAUCGACCUGACCAAACGGGCUGGGGAGCUCACCGAGGAUGAGGUGGAGAGGGUGAUCACCAUCAUGCAGAACCCCCGGCAGUACAAGAUCCCAGACUGGUUCCUCAACCGACAGAAGGACGUCAAGGACGGAAAAUACUCCCAGGUCCUGGCCAACGGGCUGGAUAACAAACUGCGCGAGGACCUGGAGCGCCUGAAGAAAAUCCGCGCCCACCGCGGCCUGCGCCACUUCUGGGGGCUCAGGGUGCGAGGGCAGCACACGAAAACCACCGGGAGGCGCGGCCGGACCGUGGGAGUGUCCAAGAAAAAAUGAG